AUGGGGCGGCCAGGCGAGCAGUGCUUCUCGUGCGGCGCUGCAAAUCACGCCGCCAAGGAUUGCCCGAAACGAAAGGAGCGCAAAGUGUCCAAGGCGUGUCUCUUCUGCCGGCAGUGGGGCCACGUGGUCAGCGAGUGCCCGCGAGCCGCAUCGGCGUCCGCCGCACCUGCUGAGCCGCACCCGCAAGUCGCCACUGGGGAGCUGGGGACGGGGGUCGCGGCAGGCGAGAGCGAAAGGCGGGAACAAGAAGACAAGAGUGCGAUGGGCACAGAGGGGCUGGGAGUGGGGGUGUGCUACAACUGCGGCUCCACGCACCAUCGGCUGCACAACUGCCCUUUGCCGCGAGCCAAUGGUAUGUGCUCAAGGUUGUUGGAACUUGGGUUCGCUGCUCAUGCUGCUCGUCGCCUGCCCAUGCUGCUCGUCGCCUGCAAGCCGUUGGGCGGCGGCGGUGGGGAGUGGAUGGCGCUGCAUGCGUUGAAUGCCCUCCCUAUGAUCAUGCGCCACUCGUGUGCAUCAGCAUCCCCCAGCACGCUUGUGGCCCGCACUCAUUGCUGA